AACUCAUUUAUCCAAAUGAAGGCAACCGAUUUUAGUAAAAAGGACUUCUGUGCCGAUUGUUGUAACUUGUAUUGCGCGACCAAGCAGUGUAUUUCUGUGAAUUUCCCUCACACUCCAUCUCUGCGGUCUUCAAUGGCGUUGGCGGCUCUGUUUCUCACUAGAUUCCCUUUUCUCGUUCUUCACCGGUCGCCCUCGCCAUCGCCAUCGCCGUUGCCGUCUGUUCACUUCUACUAUAGGAGGAGCAUUCCAGCCUGUGGGUAUGCUCUUGGCAACCGUUAUUUUCCGAUCCUCUGUUAUUCCUCCUCUAUCGUCGGUGGAGAUUCCGGUGGCCAGGUAUCGGAUUCUGCGGUUGCCGAUUACUUGAAGAUCAGUGACGAUCAAUUGAUGAAGCAAUGCAAGAUGGAGACGUUCAGGGUAUCGGGACCUGGAGGACAGCACCGGAACAAGCGUGACUCCGCUGUACGGCUCAAGCAUUUGCCCACCGGAAUCGUGUCUCAGGCCGUCGAGGACCGAUCGCAGCACAAGAACCGCGCGUCUGCUCUCACUCGACUUCGCACUCUCCUCGCCGUGAAAGUGAGGAACAAGGUGGAUCUAGACACGUAUUCCCCUCCCCCGGAGCUUCUUCAGAUUCUUCCUCCGAAGUCUACCAUCAGGCUAUCUACUUCUGGUCCCCAAAUUGGACCCAACAAUCCUAAGUUUGUGCCUGGAAUGCAAGCUUUGAUUGAUCUUAUCUCUGCCAAUGGUGGCUCCAUCUCCGAUUCUGCCAGAUUGCUUGGGUUGUCCACCGGUGCCUUAUCUCGUUUGAUACUAUCCCAUGAUUCUCUUCGCAUGGCAAUCAAUGACAUCAGGGCAGCGAAGGGGAUGAAACCUCUCAAAUAGUUGUGUUGUAUGUAAUGCAUUUGAGGUAUGGUGUUCGGGCUUUUUCUCGGUAUUCUGUUUCAGCUGUGCAGCCAUGAUGCCGCAUAAAGACGGCCAUUUGAUGCACCAUAUCCUGAAUACAAGUACAAGGUGAUAUGCUCCUAAUUAGUUUACUCUAAAGUUUUGUCCUUACUCCUUUGUAACAUUGGAAAGCCACUCUUUGUAUUGAGAUGAUGUAGUAUAGGUUGUUCAAUCACAAUGUUCUUCUCCUUUUCCACCUUAUUCUUUGUUAUACCAGUUGGAAUAAGAUUAAUUUAGAUUAGGUUUCUUCUCUUUUGUUCCAUGUUCUUCCUUGUCUGUUCUCACUUGAAUACUAUCAGUUUCUUUUGUGGUGUAAAAUGAAGCACUUUGUCUUUCAUUUGGUGCCUUUGGCCAGUUCAAAAAUGUCUAGAAGGGCAUAUACCCUGCACUGUAAAGCGAUUGCAAGUUGGACUUCCAACACCAACUUGCAGUUGCAGAUAUGGUACAUCAGUUACAAGUUUAAUGUGUCAGUGCUUUUGAAGAUAUGAAAUGACUGCGUUAUAGGCAUGUAGAGUUGGCUAUCAUCAUUCAAACCUUCAGGUCAGCUCUUCAUUCCCUAUCCAAGGUGGCUCACUCAUAUCAUCUAGGGCUUAUGCAUGUAUGCCUUUUGUGAUUUCAGUUGUAGCAGUUAUACUGACGCUCUUUUAACACGGUUUAUGCAUAAUCUAAGAAAAAUGUGUUGCUACCUGCAGGAAUCUUCUCAUGGAUAUUGGAUAUUACGAAUAGCAAGAGAGUUUGAUGCAGCAGAAUCAGAUUCUUGUAGAAUGAGGUUCUGUUCUUCCCCACACUGAAAAGGAAAGAACUUUUGGGUUGUGGAGUUGACUCUUGAGAAAUGUUGUUUAUUCAUUUAUAUCCAGAAACCCAAGAGGAGUAGGGAGUACUGUGGUGCACUCUGACUCACUCUGGUUUAUUUUAAAGAUGAAUUUGAAAAUGUGCUCUUGAGGAAAGAUUUCUCGACUUUU